AUGGCGAGCGUCUCUGGUCGGUUUUCUCCAAUGGAUACUGCGAUGACAUCCCAAAUGGCCCAGAGCGCAGGACAGGGACGGCAGAGACAUAACACGACUGGAGGCUCUUCAUCAGCGGUCUUGUCCACAGCCAGCUCCUUCCUCUGUUGGCUUGCCCUGCUGUCAAUAAUGCGGUUGCCAAUGGUAACAGCUGACUGUUGGCUUAUCGAAGGGGAGAAAGGCUUUGUGUGGCUGGCUAUCUGCAGUAUGAACCAGCCUCCCUAUGAGGCCAUCCCCUCCCACAUAAACAGCACCAUUGUGGAUCUGAGGCUGAACGAGAACAAGAUACGGUCGGUCCAUUAUUCUUCACUCAGUCGCUUUGGCAACCUCACCUAUCUGAACCUCACCAAGAACGAUAUCAGCUACGUGGAAGAUGGAGCGUUCUCAGCACAAUUCAACCUGCAGGUUCUCCAGAUGGGCUUUAACAAGUUGAGGAACCUGACAGAGGGGAUGCUGCGAGGCCUGGGCAAGCUGCAGUACCUCUACCUGCAAGCCAACCUCAUCGAGACUGUUACACCCAACACCUUCUGGGAGUGUCCCAACAUCGAGAAUAUAGACCUCUCCAUGAACAGGAUCCAGGUGUUGGACGGCAGUUUGUUCUCCGGACUCUCCAAGCUGACCACCUGUGAACUGUACACCAACCCUUUCAACUGCUCCUGUGAGCUGCUGGGUUUCCUGCGCUGGCUCUCAGCCUUCCCCAACAGGACCAGUGAGCGGAUGGUGUGCGACUCCCCUCAAGGAUUCUCUGGCUACAACCUCCUGAGCCAGAACCCCCGCAUGCCUACCCAGCGCAACGCUCUGCACGUGCUCAGUCUUGUGUGCACUGACGACGGCAGUAGCGUGACACACUUCGACGUCCUCGACUCCACCACCCAGUCCCCGGACUUUGCCUCCCCCUGCGGACUGGACGACUGUGCUUCCGGGACCCCUCCUGACGAGGUGAUCAGCCUGAGUCCCAUUUUCCCCGAUGCCAAGCCGAUCAUGACGAUAAAACAGGUGCUACAUUCGAGCGCUGUGAUCACGGUUCAGAUUCCUCAUCCGUACAGGAAAAUGUACAUUCUGAUGCUUUAUAACAACAGCUUCUUCACAGAUAUCCAGAAUCUGAAAAACCAGAGAGAAGAUAUUGAGCUAAAGAACUUAAAACCCAACACUGACUAUACAUACUGUGUGGCUUCUAUACGAAACUCCCUGCGCUUCAACCACACCUGUCUGACCAUCUCCACUGGCCGCCGAGCCGAGGCUGAGAGGAUAGCCAAUCAGUCGUCAGCCACCCACUACAUUAUGACUAUUCUGGGCUGUCUGUUUGGCAUGCUGCUCUUCCUUGGCCUAGUUGUCCACUGCCUGAGGAGGAAGAGGAUCAUGGAGGAGAAGGAGAGGAAGAUGAGCAGGAUCCAGAGGACUCUGAUAGAGCUCAAGUACGGUGGCGAAGGAGAUAUAGAGGGAGGGAGUGGAGGAUCUGUUUCUCAGAAGCUUGCCGGUGGGGACAGCCUGUCCAGAAUGCCCUACCUGCCUCAGGGUGGCGAGAUAGAUCCAUACAAGCUUCAGGAGGUGAUAGAAACACCGGCGCACAAGCCUGCUAAACUUAACUACAUGGAGGUCAGAGGCUCGGGCAUUGAAAGAGAAAGGGAACGAGAGAGAGAGAGAGAAAGAGAGAUGUCGCCACAAGCAAAUCCGCAGGGCUCGGUAGCAGAGAUUUCCACCAUCGCUAAAGAAGUUGAUAAAGUUAACCAGAUCAUCAACAACUGUAUAGAUGCUCUCAAAUCUGAGUCUACCUCCUUUCAGCAGGGGAUCAAAUCUCCUUCUUCUGCAGGUGGAGGAGCUGUUUCAACUGCAGAGCCACAGCUGGUGCUUCUGUCUGAGCAAGGAGAGAGAGGAGAAAGAGGAGGUGAGUUCCUCUCCCCGGUGUAUAAAGGAGGGAGAGGAGGACGGGAAGAGAGGGGAAGAAGCUACCAUCAUUCACUGCAGCGACACCACAGCAUGGAGGCUCCUCCAACCUCUAAAAGGCCCAGCACCUCCUCCUCUCCCGGCUCUGCCCGGAGCCCUCGCUCCUUCCGCUCAGAAGGAGGCUACCACUCAUCAGAGACCCGCUAUAUCGAGAGAACCUCACCCGGAGAGAGGGGAGAAAGGGCAGGUGGGGGAGGAGAGCCCAUCCGCACCGUCACCCCAGCAGCGGCUAUCUUACGAGCUGAAGCCCAGAGAAUCCGCCAGUACAACGAGCACCGCCACUCCUAUCCCGGCUCCCAGCAGCACCUGCAGGAGCUGCAGCACCACCCCCAGAUCCUGCAGGAGCUCCACCACCACCCAGGGGGCCGAAAGCCCUCUGUGUUAGACCCCCUCACUCUGAGCAGGCAGGCCAAGCAGCGGGAGUUAGCCUACUCCCAGCUUUCACCGCACUACCCACUCUCUCCCCAGUACCACAACCUCAGCUACUGCUCCAGCCCCGAGGAAGACGAGGAGGAGGAAGGCCUCCUCUGCACCCCAACCCUGGGGUUGUGGGAGAGGUUCAAACUGCACCGGAAGAGGCACCGGCAGGCGUCCAUGGAGGAUGAAGGAUACGUGGCAGCUGGACACGCACUGAGGCGAAAGGUUCAGUUUGCCAAGGAUGAAGAUCUGCACGACAUACUGGACUACUGGAAGGGUGUGUCCGCCCAGCAGAAGGCCUGA